AUGACGGUCGACAUUCCAGCCGGACUCUUGCUCGUCUUUGGCAAGCUCGGAGAGAACGUCUCCGAGGCUGAGUUCAACGCAGAUUGGCAUGACAAUGAGCACGGCCCCGCGCGGCUGACAGUGCCGGGUAUCAACAGUGCGCUGCGCUACAUCGCCGCGGACGGGCACGAGCCCAAGUUCGCUGCGGUCUAUGACCUCAAGUCGCCCUCCGUCCUCGAAGGGGACGACUACAAAAACCUCUUCCCCAAGGCGUCCGACAACGAGAAGAGCAUCAUCUCGCGGAUAUCCUCGCUCCAGCGGCGCGUGUACACGCUCGUCUCCACCCUGCAGCACCCAUCGACGGCAGAUGACCCGAACGCGCUCCCCGGGAAGUACGCGCUGCUCGUGUUCUGGGAGCCCCUCGCGGAGAAGGAGGUCGAGUUCAACAAGUGGUCGGUGACGUCUCCGCUUCGUAUCUAG